AUUUUCCCAUUUUUAUAUUGAUCUGGCAAUAUCGUUCGAAGACGCAUCCCUGCAAUCCAAAUUAACGGCGCGAAUGGAAAAUUGGCGUCGCUUGUUUUAGAUAAAAAGUUUAGUAGUUUUUUCUAAUUUUGCAGAAGAAAGUGGAAAAUACGAAACUGCAAUGGAGUCACGUUUGCCAAAACCAUCGGCAUUAAAGCGGCCAAUGCCGCCCAUCAAGCCGAUUUUACCCACAGAUCGCAUCAAGGCAAAUUCCAGCAUAUUAAAUGCAACAACUGGAGCCAGCAACCAAACAUUGCCGCCACUCACCAGGAACUUGCAGAAUCUGCCGCAAGCAUUGGCACGUCGCGGAGCUCGCGCCGCUUCGCCGGAGCCUUCAAAGCCACUUCCCAGCAUCCCGAAUCGCUCCAAAUUGCGACGAAGUCGCUCUGCCUCUGACGUCUCUGAAAUGCGUCUCAACUUGAAGCGUGCCGGCGCCCCAACACUCUCAACGAUACCGACAAAGUUUACUCGCAAAGCUGCACCAACAGCUCCAGCUCCAGGCCCCGUUGCAGCAUCCGCUGCGGCUCGCGUGCCGCGAUCCGGUUCCGUUCCACCCAAGCGACCAGUUACCGCUGCUUCCAGUUCCUCUUCCUCCUCACUGACAGGCACUGCUGCUCGAGGAGUACGUGCAGCAGCGCAAGCGAUUAGCAAGGGGAAACCAGUUGUGGGAGCAGCAACGGGAGCAGGAGCAGGAGGAGCAACCAAACAUAUAGCCAAGUACGACUUCAAGGCGCGUUUCCAUGAUCUGCUGGAGAAGCACAAGGCGCUGCGUGCCAAGAUGGACAAACAAAUGGAGGAAAUGGGUGAACUGGAGGGACUGCCGAUGCAGCUCGAGGAAACGCAAAACAAACUUAUUGAGAUUGAGACGGCAUUGAAGAACACAGUGACAGACAAGGAGUGCUUGCAGCGGCAGGUGAAGCAGCACACCAGCAAGAUUGAGACAAUCACAAGCUCUUUGGGGCGCACUAAGGAUGAGCUUAAUCAGCUGAAGACCACACACCAGCAAAUUAAAUCCGAACAUGAGGCGCUGUCUACAGAGGUCUUGGAACUGCGAGACCGCAACGAGGAUCUCAUACGCAACAAUGAGCAGCUGGCUGCAGAUCUGGCCAUAUGCAGGGAGCAGCUAUUCCAGUCCAACAUGGAUCGCAAGGACCUGCACAACACCGUUAUGGAUCUGCGUGGCAACAUACGCGUCUUCUGCCGCGUUCGUCCGCCACUUGAUGUGGAAGAGAAUCGCAUGGUUUGCAGCUGGACAUAUCAUGACGAGGCCACAGUGGAGCUGCAGAGCAUCGAUGGUCUGGCUAAGAAUAAGAUAGGCCAACAAGUGUUCACCUUCGAUCAAGUCUUUCAUCCCAACUCUAAUCAAACGGACAUCUUUGAGAUGGUUGCACCUUUGAUUCAGUCCGCCCUCGAUGGUUACAACAUCUGCAUCUUUGCCUACGGCCAGACGGGCAGCGGCAAGACCUACACUAUGGAUGGCGUCGCCGACAACGCGGGUGUCAUUCCGCGCACUGUCGAUCUGCUGUUCGACUCGAUUAAGAACUACCGCAACUUGGGCUGGGAAUACGAAUUGACGGCCACCUUCUUGGAGAUUUACAAUGAGGUGCUGUACGAUCUAUUGAGCAACGAGCAGAAGGAAAUGGAAAUCCGCAUGCUCAAGGACUCGGUGAAGAACGAUAUCUACGUGACGAACAUAACUAAAGAGACUGUCCACGAUCCCGAUCAUCUGCGUCAAUUGAUGCAUACAGCAAAAAUGAAUCGCGCCACCGCAUCCACAGUUGGCAAUGAGCGUUCCUCUCGCUCGCAUGCGGUCACCAAGCUUGAGCUAAUUGGCUGGCACGAGGAGAAAAAGGAGAAAUGUGUGGGCUCCAUCAAUUUAGUCGACUUGGCUGGCUCAGAGUCUCCCAAGACAAGCACGCGCAUGACCGAAACGAAGAACAUUAAUCGCUCACUCUCCGAGCUGACCAAUGUGAUCUUGGCACUGCUGCAGAAGCAGGAUCACAUACCGUAUCGCAACUCGAAGUUGACGCAUCUGCUGAUGCCAUCGCUGGGCGGAAACUCGAAGACGCUGAUGUUCAUCAAUGUGUCGCCAUUUCAGGAUUGCUUUCAGGAAUCGGUCAAAUCGCUGCGCUUCGCUGCCUCCGUUAAUUCCUGCAAAAUGGCCAAGGCCAAGCGCAAUCGUUUCCUGAACAACUCUUCCACGGGCAACAACAGUAGUUGUGAGAAGUACUAGAUGGGUUUUCUUCCGUUGAUGCGAUACAAAAAAAAAUACAACCGUUUUUAUAUAUGUAAAUUCUCAACAUUUUUACCAAAUUAUACUGUCCUAACUUUUAAUUUAUAAUAUGAAUGUGUGUGUCUACUGUAGUGCAAAAUAAAUGA